AUGCCAAAAACCAAAUAUCCAUCCUUGCACUUGUCUCGAUAUGCCUUGGUUUCUGUCUUUCUUUAUUCCCCAUUUCUUUUCAUCUCACUACUCAUUGUUUUUCUUCUGUUCGUCUUCUUCUUCUUCUUCUUCUUCUUCUUCUUCUUCUUCUUCUUCUCAUUAACUACAGAUGUUACUUUUCCGUUUUAUAUUUUCUCUCUACUUUUCCUUUUCCUCUCUCUACGUCUCGCUUUCCUUCUUCUCUUUCUUUUUUCUUCUCGUUCACUGUCUCUCACUUCUACGCCUCUUCCUCGCAGUUUUUUUCUCACGUCUUCUUUUUUGUCUAUUUUUCUCUUUCAUAUCUACAUUUUCGACGACCUAUUCCUUUUCUCCCCCGCCUUUUACAUUUCUCCUUUGUUUCAUCCUUUUCUUCUUCUCCGCCACUCUUUUUUUCUCUAUCGUGUUUAUCUUCUUCUCUUCCUCUUCUUUUUCGUUUUUUUUUUAUCCCACUUCUUUCUUCUUCCCCUGAUCCUCUGUUUGUUCUUAUAUUCUUCUCCCCCUUUUCCUUUCCUUUUUCUUUUACUCUUCUUUCUUCUCCUAUUUCCCUUUCUCCUUUUUUCCAAUCUUUUCUUCUCUUCGUCGUCUUCUUUCUUAUUCUCUUCCUACUCCUUUUCUUUAUUCAUCUGUACCUCUUCCGCCUUCCUACUACUACUUCUUAACUUCUCCAUUUUUUUUUUUUUUUUUUUGCUCCUUGUCUUCUUUUAUCUUCCUUCCCUCCACACUUCUGUUCAUUCUCUUCUUACUCCUUAUAAUUCACUUCUCCUAAUUCUCUUCUUCUCCUCCUCUUUCUCUACUUCUUUUCCGGCCAAAAGAAAUAUUCGAUUUUUCUGGCAAAGGGAUAAUGCAAUUAGUCGUGAAAGAAGCUAA